AAAAAGCUUUUACCCAAUGUUGAACUUGACCAUGGAAAAAAAAACAGUUUCAGUGGUCAGCAGGAAGAUAUUUCUUUACCCACAUAACUGAAGUCUAAAUCGGUAACUUCUAUCUAUUUAUAUCUUGACCCCGAGUCUUAAUUUGGACAUUGUUCCUAUGUAAACUCUUCAAUUACACCAUGACAGAUUGUAUCAACUCACUUCUCAAAUAACAUAGAGAUGAUUAUAGCGCAACUGUAAUGUAAAAACCAUCUUGAGUGCAAUUAUUCCACCAUCAUCAUUUGCUCUGCUGUCAUCCCGGGGUUAUUCAGGCUCUGAUCUGCACAGAUACAGUAUCAUAUGUAAAGCCUAUUCCUUUCAUUCAGAGGUGUGGUGUUUAUUUGAGAACGGGGCAAUGUGCGCAGUCAAACAAGACAGCAUAACAUGGGAUAUGGAUUCGGGAGCCGAGGUAUUAACACUUAUUUCUGAGGUUAAGAUGAGGUAGCCUGCCAUAGACAUGGGAGGGGCCUCCUAUCCUGCGUUGUCACCAAAGCCCUGUGAGGAAGAAUGGCCACCAGACGUGCUCGUAGAGAGGACGACCUUUCCUGUCCAAUUUGUGGACUUAUUCUCAGUCAGCCAGUGAUUCUAACCUGCAAACACAGGUUCUGUAAAGCCUGCCUCAAAGACAGCUGGGAGACACAAGUCACUGAGGAUUCACGCUUCUGUCCUCUGUGCUGGCAACGUUCCUCCAUGGAUCAAAUGGUGGUGAGUGCUGUGUUGGAGAAGGCCUGCGAAUCCUUUAAGGAGGACAGAGGCAAGAAUGACCCAGGUGCUUGCCAGGAGCAUGGAGAAAAGCUCACACUGUUCUGUUUGGAGGACUUGGAUCCAAUAUGUGAAGUGUGUGGGAAAGCAGCUAAACACAAAGGGCACAGGAUCUAUCCCAUUGGGGAAAGUGCUCAUGACUGUAAGGAGGAACUGAAGAAUGCGCUGCUGCCUUUGAAGGAGAAAUUGCAGCUGUACAAGAAGGCGAAAAUGGUCUGUGAGGAAAUGGCAGAGCAUGUCAAGAACCAAGCAGAACAUACUGAAACACAGAUAAAAGAGGAAUUUGAAGCCCUUCACAAUUUCCUGAAGGAACAGGAGGCUGCCAGACUUUCUGUUUUAAAGGAAGAGGAGGAUCUGAAGAAUCUCAUGAUAAACCAGAGGAUGGAGGAGAUCAACAAUGAGAUGGCAUCUCUCUCUAACACAAUCAGAUUAGUGGAACAGGAGAUGCGAUCUCAAGAUAUCCCAUUUCUUAAGAAUUACAAAGAGACAAUAAGGAGAACAUGGCUAAAUUCCCUCAAUCCACAAAUCAUUUCUGGUGCUCUGAUUGAUGUGGCCAAGCAUAUAGGCUCUCUGAGAUACAAAGUGUGGGAGAAGAUGAAGAGUAUAGUUAAAUAUACUCCGGUGCUUCUGGAUCCUAACACAGCAGCUAGCUGCUUCAUCCUGUCAGAGGAUCUCACAGUGGUGCAGAACUGUACCCAGAUUUUCAAGGUGCCAGACAACCCAGAACGCUUUGACAUCAGCGCUGAGAUGCUGGCUGCAGAGGGCUAUUCCACUGGACGCCACAGCUGGGAUGUGGAGGUGAAGGACAACAAUUACUGGGUGGUGGGAGUAGCCAGCGAGGCCAUCAACAGGAAGGGAAAACAUGUGCUGACGCCAGCAGAGGGAUUCUGGACUAUAAGGUUUCGCAAUGGAGAGCAUAAGGCCUGCACAGCACCAUGGGAGCCGCUGAACAUGACUAAGAAGCCAGAAGUGAUAAGGGUGGUUUUAGACAUGGACCGUGGCAAGGUGACGUUUUAUGACCCUAGACAGAGAACGCCUCUUUACACUUUCUCUGAAGUCAUUGCACGCACAACCUUUCCCUACUUUUGCACCGCCUGCAAAGAGCAUCCACUGAAAAUCCUCCCCACUAGCAUAUUGUUGUCAACAGACUAAUUCACCUUGAAGACAUAGAAAAAUGACACGAAGAAAACACAGCCAUGUUUUAAAAUAUUUAAUUUGAGUUACAACAAAACAGAUGUUGUCUGGGAAAUCUGAAAUUGUAAAUUAAACACCUAUAUAUAUUACUAUACUGAUAAGAAUUUGUUAAAAAUGACAGUCACUAUGUGUGACUCAGCUUUGCAUGACACAGAAUCACUACUGUGAUUUCCACAUUCUUUUGAGUAACUUUCCCAAAAAAAAAAAAAAAAAAAAAUCAUAAAACAAAAACUGAAACAUAGAUCUGAACUUUCAUAUAAGGCACAUACAGUAACAACUUUUAUGUAUUUGCAAAUCUGUGCCAGUGUUGUUCAGAGGUUCAAACAAGUGGGAUUAGAUGCUUCCAUUGCAUUAAAAUAAGACUAUGGUUAGUGUUUGUUCUAGUUGCCACAUGUGCUGCGUGUUUGAUGUCUGGUCUUAACACGCAGCAGUAACUCCACAGCUUCACACUCAAGUAUUGCUUAAACCUACACAGAAUCUUGCAGCAUAUUUCAUAAACGGGCAUAUAUACCCUGUAACAAAGUUUGACUUCAUACCAACCGUUGCUGUCCUAACCACAUUAUUGUAACACGUAUCCUAUUUCAAAUAGGUUGUGGGGGAUGCCCACUCUAUGUGCGGUGAUGCUCAAAGGCUUUUGGAGGUGUUCAUUUCAUGAUAAUACAAGGUUAUUAAAGGGAAUGAAUGCCCUCACAUUA